CACUUUCUCUGUCAUCAUCACACGAGGAUCAAUAUGGGAUCACCCCUUCCCUUGUGCCAUGCAAAUACCACACUCAGCCAAUGCAGUGCAACAGGAUGUUCCAGAUCACUGCACAUCGCUCUGCCUGAUUCCAAAAACCUGGAAUAGGAUCCAAGGCAAUCCAAAGGGCGUGCUGCAUCUGCAGGUAGGUAACAUUCUUGUUACACAAUCAUCAGCAGGAGGUCAGCUCCUGUUCUUUGAAAUUUCUCCUUCAUGAUCGAUUUACCAUCGAGCUAUUACUACACAACACUGCCUAGGCUCCUCUACUCUCGACUCAACCUACCUCCUCGAAGCAUCACGAACACGAACAAAUCGAGGCCAUGUCAGGACUGGCAACAUCAAUGUCCAUCCCUACGCCCAGUAAGGUUACUGGAGGUUGCUUGUGCGGUGGCGUCCGAUAUCAAAUCGACUUUUCAUCAGAUCAUGACUGGAAACGCGGGUCUUCCACAUGCCAAUGCACUCAGUGCCGAAAGAACUGCGGCAGUUUAGUCUAUAACUUCCACACUGUUACGGCUUCGGAGAUCACCUGGACAUCUCAAUCGACGUAUGCGGAAUACACUUCCUCUCCAGGCUGCUAUCGCUCCUUCUGCAACAAAUGUGGCUCGCCCAUAGCAUGGACAGAUCGUUCUGUCAAUACGGACGUUGGGCUUGCUGUCGGCACUAUUGAUGAGGAGUUCUUGGUAGGAGAGAGAGAUUCCGAGGACAAGCCAAAGGGUGGUUUCGGGUUGGCUCUUGCAAACCCCGAGGCGCGCCACUAUUACAUUAGGAAUGAGAUACCUGGCGUCACAGAUGGAAUUGCUGCAACUGGGACGAAAUUUUGGGAAGGCAGUAAAGAGGGCGCCAUGCGGAGGGAUAGUAAGGCAUAAAAUCGGAUAUUGGGUUCCGGUGGCUUUCCACAGACGUCGAUUGGCCGCAGGACGUUGAGGCUGUGGCUUGGAGGCUUGAGAUAGUACAUCUUUGAGCGACCCGCUGUAUCAGGGGCCGGAGAAUCUUUUACAGGCCAACGUCCCCCAUGACGAAAAUCAUCUCCUUGCGCUGUUUGGAGCAGAGUAUUGGGGGAAAACAGUCAGGGUUUCGCAUGUCCUCUGCAGGAAGCACCGACAUUACGCAG